GCGGCGCCUGCGGAGGCUCCCUCGGCCAGGCCCAGUGUCCCCGAGCCGCGCUGAGACCCGGCAGCAGCGGCGCGGAGAGAAGGUGGCAGCGGGCCGGGAGGCCGGAGCCGGGCCAGCGAUCCACCAUGGAGACCCGCUACAACCUGAAGAGUCCGGCUGUUAAACGUUUAAUGAAAGAAGCAGCAGAAUUGAAAGAUCCAACAGAUCAUUACCACGCACAGCCUUUAGAGGAUAACCUUUUUGAAUGGCACUUCACAGUUAGAGGGCCCCCAGAUUCUGAUUUUGAUGGAGGGGUUUAUCAUGGACGAAUAGUACUACCACCAGAGUAUCCCAUGAAACCACCGAGCAUUAUUCUCCUAACGGCUAAUGGACGAUUUGAAGUGGGCAAGAAAAUCUGUUUGAGCAUCUCAGGACAUCAUCCUGAAACUUGGCAGCCUUCGUGGAGUAUAAGGACAGCAUUAUUAGCCAUCAUUGGGUUUAUGCCAACAAAAGGAGAGGGAGCCAUAGGUUCUCUAGAUUACACACCUGAGGAAAGAAGAGCACUUGCCAAAAAAUCACAAGAUUUUUGUUGUGAAGGGUGUGGAUCUGCCAUGAAGGAUGUCUUGUUGCCUUUAAAAUCUGGAAGUGAUUCAAGCCAGGCUGACCAAGAAGCCAAGGAACUGGCUAGACACAUCAGUUUUAAGGCAGAAGUCAAUUCAACUGCAAAGACUAUUGCUGAGUCAGACUUAAGCCACUCUUUUUCACUAAAUGAUUUACAAGAUGAUAUACCUACAACAUUCCAGGGUGCUACUGCCAGUACAUCGUAUGGAGUCCAGAAUCCCUCAGCAGCAUCCCUUCAACAACCUACCCAACCUGUAGCUAAGAAUACCUCCAUGAGCCCUCGACAGCGCCGGGCCCAGCAGCAGAGUCAGAGAAGGUCAUCUACUUCACCAGAUGGAAUCCAGGGCCAGCAGCCAAGAGCCAACCACACCAAUCAUGGUGGAUCAGCUGUAUUGAUUGUCAUCCUGACUUUGGCAUUGGCAGCUCUUAUAUUCCGACGAAUAUAUCUGGCCAAUGAGUACAUAUUUGACUUUGAGUUAUAAUAUUGUUUUGUGACUUAAGAGCUGUGACUCAACUGCUUCAUUAAACAUUCUGCAUUGGGUAUAAUCUAAGAAUUGUUUACAAAAAGAUUAUUUUGUAUCUACCCUUCAUUCCUUUUUUGAUCCUUAUAAAUUUAGUAUAAAUAUAGCUAGAUGUUCAGGCAAUGUCCAGCAGUGUGUCCUGUUUAGUUUAAGGGACCGGAAGUCAAAGUUCCUUGUCUCACUCUUUGAUCUGCUUUAUAGGGAAAUAACAUUGUUGUUUCUCAUGCCUCAGCUUCUUUUUAUGUAAAUUUGUGAUACUCUUCUGUAUAGCCCUUUGAAAUUUUCGGAUAAAAGAUGGUGUUUUAAAUUCCGAUGAAUAUUACCAGUUACUCAAUACCAUUUAUUGAGUACUCUGUUUCUACUUAUGUAAAAUGAUAUAGGGAUAGAAGAGUUGAAAAGGGAAAGCAAAACUCCUCUAGUAGCUUCCUCAAAAUGUCAUUCAUAAAAGAUACACUGGGAUUGCCCAUUCUAUGCCUUUGUUUGUGUCCUAAAUAUUCUUCAGUAAAAAUAAUUUUAUUUCUGUCAAACAUUUAUGAGCAAGUGAAAUCACAUUUUUGUUAUUGGAUGUUACUUGAAGAGGGAGUAAUUUGUAACCACUUUGAUAUGCUGUUACUAUCCCCCUCUCUAUGAUGUGCACACAAACUUAAAAAGAAAGAAAACUGUUCUCCGUAGAUCUUUAUUUUAAGGAAGAAAGGGUGCAAGCCAGGAAAUUGCUUGAUUUUCUUCUGAAACUUAAGUGAGAGGAUCUUAAGAUUUGAAUGUUUGCUCUGCUUUGAAUUGUAUUAUCUUUUGAGAUGUGUUAUAUGCCUAACUUUGCAAUCACUAUAAAUUGUAAUUAUUCCGAGAAUAUACAUAAUGUCGAAAUAUUUCAUGUACCAUUUUAAUAGAAAAGCUCAGGGCCCAAUUAACAGUGGUAGAAGUCAGAAAAACAUUUACUUAGAAAUGUCCACCUAAUCAAAGCCCAAAAAGGAGUUUUCAGUGGAAAAAUCAAUAUAUAACUUAGCGCUAGCUAGCUCCACAGACGCUAGUAGAUAAUGUUAUCAUUUUAAUGCCUGGUGAGACUAUAUAAUCACAGUAAGACUUUCCCUUCAGUGUGUUCAGUUAGCAGCAUUGAGGAUGUUGUUAAUGAAGAUUUAAUCUUUAAAUAAAGGCAGUCCCCAGCUUUCAAAUAGGUUAUGCUCCAAAAGAGCAUUUGUAAGUUAAUUUUUAAUGUUGUAAAUGGUAUUUAGGUUCUAUACCAGUCCACCAAAGUUAGCCCAUAUGUAUCUUGAAUAGUUUGGGGGAGAGUAUUCAUAAAGUCCUUAUGUGUUUUUAACUAAAAUUAUAGGCAAGAUAGAAACAAUUUAUAAAAUCACUUAAAAGGCAAAUUUAAUUUUACUCCUGUUAUGGGACUUUGGUUCUAUUAAACAUCAGACACAAUUUCUGUUUUCAUUUGAUAGACUGUUUUCCUUUAUGUCUGCAUCUAGAAUAAGAACAUAUUGUAUACUAUUAUAUAAUACAGAGUUGUCUUAACCUUUAAUAAAUUAGCAUUUUAAAGAUGUUUACAGAUUGUUUCUGUUACAUCUAUAGCUGAAGUUGGUAAAGUCUAAAAAGCCCAAGGACUUUAUGAAGACCUCCUAUGUGAGGAAAAUUAUAGGUUACCAUUUUAUAACUUUAUUUUCGUGAGAAAAUAUAUUCUGAAGUCUUGGUUUGGAAUACAAGACACUAGAAAUGUUGGUUCAGUGGUCAGUGGCCUCCCAGCAAGUAGGCACUGACCCAGCUGGGAAGGCCAGCUAGCAUUAUUGCCUGAGAAGAAAUCCCCACACCAUCAGCCUAUGCUGAGAUUAAUUGUGUGCUAAGAACAAUCUUCCGUCUAUUUCCUCUCAGUCACACUUGAGCCAGCCUCUGGGUCCAUGUGACCAUGGGGUGUACCUGUACUUUAAAAGUAAGCCAAGGGCCGGCCCGUGGCUCACUCGGUAGAGUGCGGUGCUGAUAACACCAAGGCCCCGGGUUCGGAUCCCAUAUACGGAUGGCCGGUUCGCUCACUGGCUGAGCGUGGUGCUGACAACACCAAGUCGAGGGUUAAGAUCCCCUUACCGGUCAUCUUUAAAAAAAAAUAAAUAAAUAAAAGUAAGCCAAGAAGAUUUUGCAUCAUGCAGAUCCUCCUCUUAUCUGAUCUGCCUCUCUUCCCUCAUUCGUCAACUAACUGGCCACCUGCUUAUGUGUGUUGGGAUUUUUUAGCCUUUGAUGCAUACAUCUGAAAGUGGCACAUUUUGCUCCUUCCAUUUCAUCUCAGCUAUGCCCCCCAAAAUCCUUAAUUGUCGGUCUGACCCCCGUGUGGGGUUAAUGAGCAAAAUUGUUCUUUGGGGCUUUUCUUACUCAAACCCCACUAAAGGGCCUCUUCAGAAAAAUCCCACUUUUAAAAGUCCCACUUUUUUUUUUUUUUUCAUGACUGGCUGGUACAGGCAUCUGAACCCUUAAUCUUGGUGUUAUCAGCACCAGGCUCCAUGUAGUGAGCAACCGGCUCACUUUAUAACCCUACUUUAGCUCCUUAGUUCCAGCAUAAGGCCAAUCUGGAUGUAUAAUCUGGUAGGUAAAGGCUUAGGACUCCUUUUUACCCCAAUCCUCAGAUCUAGGUAACUCAUGGCUUUUUCUUUGACCAACAUAGCACAUGACUACAUAUCAAGGUAGUUAAUAUAGCAUGCUUGAAAAAAUAUAUAAUGUCUGUUUUACCUGUAACUGUUUAAGCCAAUGAACCUUUCAAAUUGUAUGUAAUGUGGGCUUUGAUGUAGCACUUUACAUUUCCAUGCUGCUUAUUAUUGUUUUAUUCUACUGAAAUAAAUGAAUUUCAUCAAGAUUCAUGAAGUUUUAAAAAAACUUCAAAAAAAUUGUUUAUUGUUUUGACGAUGGAAAUAUGAAAUUUCCUAUUUCAGGAGAAUAAGAACUCUUUUUGUUAUUUUUGGCUAUGAAUAAACUUUCUGGUAUCUUGAGACCAUUUUUAUAGACCAGAAUCAAUAAACAAGUAAACCUCACAUAUUUGGACUUCUUUGAGCAGAAACCUAGGCUGAAGUGCUGAAGAGCCUAUAUUGUUUUAUUACCUGCAAGUUAAUUUAUGUAAAGUGAAUGCAUCUGGUGAAUCUGACUUUAACAAAGAGUAAUGUGUACAUUAAUAUAUGUACUAUUAAAGCCUUUGUGGGAGGCUGUGCAUUGCUUUAAAGCUGUUUGGAACGCCUCUUGAACAGUUAGUUGCCUUCAGAGCUAGAUUGAGCUGCUCAAUAAAACCAGUGACUUUAUUCA